UUCAUGUUCUCAAAAUAUCCUUGUUUUCUCUUUCCUGCUCGCUUUUUCACCUGGCUGAAGAGUUCGCUACACACUGAGUUCAUCACUGACAAAAUUAACUACCGUUACAUUGCUCCUCUUUUAUGGCAAAGCUGGGAUCACGAUUUCGGUGGGGGAUCGCGUUGUAUUUUGGGCCCAGCAAGAAACUGGCCCCUUACGCCAGGAGUAAGAGGAGGAGGAGGAGGGCUAUGGAUUCAGAAGAACACUGCUUCGGUACAAGAAAGUGAGAGCUGUUCGCAAGAGUUGAAGCAAGACUUUUUAAGAUAAAUAGGUCAGAUGUAAACAACACUAGUUACUUACAACGUGUAAUAAUACUGAACUUCACGUGCAUGUCAAGGAAUAGGAAAGCGGCUAUUUACAUCAGUGUAGACGCAGACGACAAAGACAAGAUGGCGAAGCCCACGUUAAUUCUCUUCUGUGCAGUUACAAUCCUCCUACUUCAGAGUUGCAGUGCAGGCC